AUGGUAAUUGACACAAUAGUGAUGCUAUUAGUGACUCUGACCAUGGUUGUAAUGGUGAACAAAAUCAAAGGACUUUGUGUAUGGAUUACAGAACACAGUUGGUUGACUAUUCUUCUCAUACUGCUUGGAGCACUUCCAGUUCUCAUUCUGGGAUUACUCAAACUUCUUGGAUAUCGCCGUGAAAUUGAUCAUUUUUUCAUAACAUUCAGUUUCAUACUAUGUUCGAUGGGUUUCACUACCAGAAAAACCAAAAGAGAAAGCACUACGGAUUUCCAUUGGGGCCUGCUUCACUGUUGCUAUGGCGUUGGCUAUUUUCUUGACGGUGAAUAG